AUGGCGUUUCGAUUUCUAUUCCUCUUUGCCUUGUACGUUUAUGUGCAAGCUGAUGAUGCCAACAAUGGAAUUUCAUGUUCUUUCUGCAAGGCUGGUUUGGCCACAGUGACCGCUACAAUCCAGGCGAAUCCCAGCCUUCAGGGCCAGCUGGGCGAUUCGAUCUCAGUUGGUUGCGACCAAGUGCCCAAUGAAUUGCAGCGCAAAGCCUGCCGACUCACACUGGACGACAAUUUCGAGCUUUUCUUCCAAAACUUCCUCCAACAACCAGGCACAUCAGUCGAAGAUUUCUGCAAGAAUAUGGGAUAUUGUUAA